CCGGAGCCGGCGAGGCGUGAUCGCCCGAGGCCCCUCCUGCCUGCCGGGGAAAGCCUUAAAACAGCCCGGCGAGGCGCCGAGCCCCGCACUCGGGAGCCCCGAACCCACGGACAGAAGCGCCUCGCUGAGCACAGAGACGCUCCGCUGCAGCCAUGCAGGGCACCGUGAGGCUGUGGGUGUCGGUGCUGCCUUUCGCCCUGUCGCUGCUGGUCUGCCUGGGCACCCUGGCAGAGGCGUACCCCUCCAAACCGGACAGCCCCGGCGAGGAUGCCCCGGCAGAGGACAUGGCCAGAUACUACUCGGCGCUGAGGCACUACAUCAACCUCAUCACCAGGCAGAGAUAUGGAAAGAGAUCAAGCCCAGAGACAUUGAUCUCAGACCUCUUGUUGAGGGAAAGCACAGAAAAUAUUCCUAGAUCCAGGUUUGAAGAACCUUCGAUGUGGUGAUGGGAUUUUCAGCACACUGCCAAAAUUUUUCUUAGUUUUCAUUUCAUACUCCACGCCUAUGAAGCAAAUCAUAGCAUCAUUCCCAGUGCAUGCAGCCAUUGUACUGAAUUCUGUAGAGUUUUUCCUUCUUCAUAUUUGUAUAUACUUUUAUUUAAAUAAAUUAUUUGUGCAUUCCAAAAUAUAACAUACUAAAUGAAAACAAGCAACCCUGUCAUUGAUAUAGCAAAGAGUUGUUUUGAACUAUUAAAACUGAACUAUAACCUCUCUGCUGUCUAAAGUAGUAUGGACAACAGUGGUGUCGCGGUUAUUACAGUAAUUAGUACUUAAAAUAAGAUAAAGACAUCAUUUAUUGUGGCCUCAAACUCAGCUCAGCUGCUUGAUGUACGCAAAACUGUUUAAAAUAAUUUAUCGCAGACUACGCAAUUUAGGAAAAUAGUGUUCUGAGAGGCAAUUUUUCGGAAUGACCAUGCUAAAAAACUUACUUACAUUGACAAAUAUUAAAAUCAAUAGCAUUUUCAAAAUACAAAGGGAUAAGUUAUUGCUCGAUUCUGCUAAAUGCUCAAAGCUGGUUUGAAACUUGGCUGUAAUUAUAGGAAUUAUAGGAAUUUUAAAUGAAGCAGAUGUAACAUCUUUGUUUUGGCAAUAUGCAAAGUGGCAGAAAACAGUAUCUAAAGUAACUCAGAGUAAAGUAAACAAGAUAAAUCUGCAGCUAUUUGUGCCAGAAAAGAGAUGUCUAACUUUGCCUAUAGCCUUGUAAAGGAGCACAUUGAUAAAUCUGGGUACGUGCACUCUGACCCUGUCU